AUGCUUGUUCAUUCUCUCUGUCUGUCUGUCUGUCUGUCUGUCUGUCUCUCUCUCUCUCUCUCUCUCUCUCUACGACUGAAUAAAUCUAUCUAUCUAUCUAUCUAUCUAUCUAUCUAUCUAUCUAUCUAUCUAUCUAUCUAUCUAUUAUGUUAUUCAUACUUUAUUAAUACUUUUGUCCGAUUAAUAUGCCAUCUUGAAUCUAUCUAUCUAUCUAUCUAUCUAUCUAUCUAUCUAUCUAUCUAUCUAUCUAUCUAUCACAUUCAGUCCAUAUCUAGCUAUCUGGCGUGCGAGCUAUCACCCUUAAUAUAUAUGUCCAUCUCCUGCCCUCCCCCCUCUCUCUCUCUCCCUUCUUCUCUUUCUUUGUGCGUACUCUAUGGCGACUGUCCUUCAUACGACCCAAGCGAACUCUAUGAGUAUCUAUCGAUCUGUCUACUGUCUAUGAUCAUCUCUACUGUCUGUCUCUAUCUCUCUCUCUCUGUGUCUCUGUCUGUCUCUCUGUGUCUCUGUCUCUAUCUCUCUCGCUUUCUCUCUCUCUCAAUCACUCACUUUCUCUCUCUCUCUCUCGCUCUCUCUCUGCAAGAUUCUAUCCGUGUCUAUCGUCUAUAG